AUGGUGAUGGCACAACGCCAACAAGAGCAGUUAUUACAACAACAAAAACAGCAGAUGCAACAACUUGUUGACCCGGUGGAAGAAAAGUACGCUGAUACUCUUCAACAACAACAGCUUCAGCAGCAACAAUUACAACAGCAGCAACUUCAACAGCAACAGCUUCAGCAGCAACAGCUUCAGCAACAACAGUUGAGGCAGCAACAGAUGCAAGCAGAGCAUGCUCGUCAACAACAGAUUCAACUUCAGCAGCAGCAACAACAACAGCAGCAGUUAAGACAGCAGCAGCUCCAACAUCAUUCUAGCAUAGAACAACAACACGAACAACAAGAGCAACAAGAGCAACAACAACAACAACAACAUCAGCAGCAACAACAUCAUCAACAGCAGCAGCAACAACAUCAAUAUGAAACACAAGUGACACCUCAAGAGCAGAAAUAUGCUGAUGUACUUAAGCAACAACAAGAAGAACAACAACAGCAAGAGCAAGAACAGCAACAUCCGGCAGUAACGUCAGAGGAGGAAAAUCUGUAUUACCGGUACACCCAGCAGCUGUAUCAGCAGCCUGCUGAAAAUGAGCAGCUCCCUGCUGCCGAGCAGAGCAGUUGUAUGUAUCAGAGCAGCAGUGGGGCGGAGCUUAAGUACUCCCAGAUAUUGGAGCAGCGUGGAGAAGCAGUACAACCUGAACCUACCAAUCCAGAACCUGAAUCGACCCAGGAGACUAAAUUUUCACAUCUACCGGAGUUCCAACGCCUCUCAACUGAACACUCCGCUGUCCAGCAACAACCAAGCGUAGAGGAGCCUGCAGUUGAGCAACAGCCUGAGGAGGAAACUCACACAGCGGCUGUCAACGUCAAAGAAGAGAGGGCGGAACGGCAAAGCUGUCAGUUUGCCAACCAACCCCAGUUAACAGUUUCAGUGGCUCACAGGGAAUCUUCAGACUCGACAAACGAAGAACCACCGUCGUCUACAGCAGAUGUGCGGAUCAAGAGAGAAAAGUUGGACGAGGAUUCAGGAUCUAUUGCCGAUAUUCCUACUCCAAGAUCUUUAGGUAUUGUGUCUAACCUACAGUUGGGAAUACAAGCUCCUGCUCCGAACCUGAUGAGGUCUGCCCCUCCUCCCCUGUCCAGGGGCCCACCCCAGCUUCAUGGACCACCUCAGCUGACCGGCCAACCCCGCCUCUCAGGACCACCACGGCUACAAGGCCCGCCCAGUCUAUCUAGAGGUCCAGCCAACCUCACGAGAUUUAGUGCUCCGCCCUCUUUCAAUUUGCCUCAGAUGACCGGACCUGGGACUGUGACCUCACUUCAAAGUUUACUCCAACGUCCUCCGACGUUACUGCAGUCUCGUCCUUCCUCCUUUAUCAGAGGCCAGAGGCCGGGGGACCUCCCUCCCCUAGCGGCUCAACGACCUCCUCCAUCCCUGUCCCGGGCUCAAGGACCUCCUGGUCUGAUAGGAGGUCCUGGAGGUCCUAGACCUCCGCAACUCAGGCAGAUGCAGCCACAGACAGCGCAAGGAGGACCACCUGUACUCAGAGAUCCUCGUACCGGAGCCCAGCUGAGGUUUCAGCCUCCGAAAGGUUGGGCGUCUGGAGGCUCCUCUCCUUCCCCUGGAGGUCAGAUGAAACCAACCCGACCUCCGUCUUAUCCUUUAAGAUUUCCUGGAGUCGCUCCUGGUCGCUACCUUCCUAUUGCUCCAAACCUCAACACCCAUUUCGUGCCUAACUCCUCUGGUAUCCUGGUCCCUAUGCAGUCCGCCCCCCUUCACCCCGCCCUCAGGACCCUGGGCCCGCCCUCUCCAGGACAGAUGAGAAAGGUUCUCCUCUGCCCAACAUGCAAAAUUCGGUUCCCGGUUCCGCAGCCGGAUCCAGAAAUCAAUUUCAAGGGAAACUUCUGCUGCCACGUGCUGUUAAAGCAUCUAAGAGCAGAGGUAGAGGCUGACAUGGGUUGCGACGAUCUAGAGAUUUGUCCAGCUGAUGAUUGCGAAUAUAAUAUUGUACAACUCAAGGAGGACGGUGUUCCGGAUUCGGAAACAUUCUUAAUUAAGCAUUAUAUUGAGAAACAUCUGGAGACUCUUCAACACCUUUUACAGGACCACCCUCUUUACUCUCCUGAAUCUUGUUUGAAAACUGUUCCAGUAGUUAAACCUAACUCCCAGAUGCCUGGUCUAGCUCCUAAACAAGCUGGGAUGCCAAACAACAAACUCAAACCAAUCUUUCGUGAUAAAUUUUAUAAGUUCUCUAAAACAGUUGCCAAGUGUGAGGACCCUUCGGUUUGUGAUCCUUCACUUGUAGUCGUCUUCCUUACCCAGUGGACAUCCAGAAGAAACUACAGUAUUGCAGGAAUCCGAACCCUUGUGCAUUGGAUCAGUGAGGUGCACGAGGAAAUAGACGGGAAAUCCUUGUACCAUCAUCCCAAGCUCAGGGAGUUCAUCAGCCUCAUGGAGAACAGGCUCGCCAGGGGGGAAACAGGUUCCGGCCCCGUUCUUGAGCAAUCGCUGCCGGUCAAAUCCUACUAUUCACCAGUCAUAUCUACCUCCUCCGACCUCAGUAAAGCUACGAGAUGCCGGUUCUGCAAUGAGAAGUUUAAACAUUCUACCAAGCUGUUGUAUCAUAUGCUACAUCUACACAAGGCAAAUCCAGUGCAUUUCAUUUGUAAAUAUUUGCGCUCUAAGCCGGUUAACUGUUCCACCUGUUCCCUGCCGUGUAUGAGCCCAGUCAUUUUCGCACUUCACAAAGAUCAGCAUGAGCUUGGGAUAAAGUGUGACACCUGCUCUAAGGAGUACAGCUCCGUUGUGGAGUACUAUAGUGAGGAUAUGUGCGGGGACAAUGCUAUUCCUAAGAAUGUCAAGAUGUAUGUCAAUAACACUAUAGCAAGACUGGAGAAGCUGGAAGAGGAUGCUGAGAUAAUUGGGGAGAAUUUCUCUCUUCACUACACUAAAUAUGCUAAACGACCUCUUAUGAACGAUCUUCCCAUGGAUUACAGAUCUCAGAAACGGAAUUCUCCCGAGAAACCAAGAAGAAGAAAAUAUAAACCCUCGCGGGGUCGGGAGAGUAGAUUGGAAAGUGAUUAUAUCCCUGAAACUGUUGAAGAAUGGGUUCUAAAUAUCCCAACUAUGCUGGAUGCCAGGGUUGCAAUAUCUAUGAAUGAUAAGGAUCUAGCAGACGAUGCAUUAGAUGUUCAGUACGAUGUAACCUACUCUACCCCUGAACCUGGGCUUGAAACGGAGCCUGCUGCUAAACGGAUAAAACUAGAGGACAACGAAGACCCUUCAUCAUAUAAGUGCAAAUUUUGCGAGGAAGAAUUUCGAGCAGCAUGGAGUCUUAAUGUACAUUACAGGACGAAACACACUGAGAAGCGACAUACGUGUGACACCUGUUCAAAACCUUUUGCUACAAUGACAGAUUUAGAACAGCAUGCUUUAGUGCACAAAAUGAAACGGGACGAUGGUAUAUCACCAAAACCAUCCCUGAGUCAUGUAUACAAACCUAGUCCUAAAUCACGGCGGGCUCGGCCCAACCUUGAAAUCUAUAGAAGUCCCUCAAAGAGUCCCAGGAAGCCUGGGCCCGGAUCUAGGGUCCCCAGGCAUAGAAGUCCAUCCCCUAGUCCCUCUCCUGGUCCACCACCUAUAUCCUAUAUAUGCGAGGACUGUGACGAAUGUGAGCCUGGGUGUACGCAUAUGACGCACAGCGUAAAGCUGAGGACUGGAAGCUGGAUGACCCAUAUGUCCGAGUCCGGUCAUCUGCGGACUCGAAGCUCCGCGGAAAUACGGAUGCAAACUGAUUGCAGGAUUCAGUUAAUGACCCUGACCUAUAGCCCUGUUUAUGGUAAUAAAAUCAGAAAACUUUGGAAGAUAUUGGCUAAAGCUGAUCAACUAACAGGAAACAGUUAUGAAUUCAACUCGCCAACUAAAUGCAAGGUACGAGAUUGCAAAGAAAUGUCUGCGACCGCGAUGGAUAUGUUUAGACAUGUUAGGGAGCAGCACCUAACCACGAUAAAGAAGCUAAAGAUCAAGAUCGGAGCUCCGCCGGAAACCAAACGCUCCGGCCGGCGGCCGGGACCAAGAUCAAGGACGAUUCGGUCCUCAUCCAACCCUUUCCCAUUCCAGUGCGGGUCUGCUACAGAGGAAUCUGAGAAUUCAUAAAACCCUUCUCACGGGUUUUGAAUCCCUCUGUAUUGUUACAAAUCUGUUAACUACAGGGCGACCCAUAAAACUUUUGAAAAGGAAGACGAUUUUCAGACUUAACGAUGACCAAGUAGUCCAAUUCACAUAAAACAAAGCAAUUGUGCUGAUUACAAACCCAUUUUUUUUCAAGCCACUUGUAAAGCUUUUUGAUUUUGAUUUCAUAUUCAUUUAUUCAUAUUUUUAUUCAGCUACCAAGGACUAGAUAAUACUAAUAAAAAAUCACAAUUUACUAUGUAGUUUGGACCCACCUAACCAGAGUAGAUUGUUUUUAAGAUAGUUUAAAUGUCGUCUUCCGGUUCGACAGUUUUAUUAGUCUCGCUGUACGAGAAUAUGCCAGUAUUUGAAAAGAACUGAUAACCCAACUUGCUUUAAACUAAAUUUUACGGUUCCUUUAACGGAAGUUUUACCAAAAACCAAUCUCAAAAUUGUUGUUUAACUUUAGAUCUAGAACAUAUUCGUAGUAUUGUAGAGAGUGAAGGGGUUCAUAUUUUCCUAGACCAGUUUUUAAUUCAACAUAAUGUGCCCCUCCCACCCCUCCCCCAUUAUAAAACGUAAUUUAAAGUAACUUUUGAUAUAAAAACAUCCACGCCCUAAUCACAACGGUAUCCUUUACGCCUUAAACUGGGUAACAGUGAGAAAAACACCUAUCUUGAAAAUAAUGAUUAAUUCUGUAAUUUUCCUUCGUUGUCUCUGCUGCUAAAAUGAAAAUCCGCACGUCACCUUAUAAAGAAAAAUACUAACUUUCAGA